ACUCUCUUCACUUCAAAGCCAUUUUAAGCGAAUCUCUCUGUUUCUCUUCGGUUCCCAUUCCGUCCGAAAAGUUUCGUUUUGGGUCGCGAAAAAUCGAGAGCCAUGAGUGAGAGCGAGAGCUUCGAACCUGCAAAACGACGGGCGAACCAUCAAAACGACGACGUUGAGCAAGAGGAAGUAACGGAAGGUGAAGAAGAGGAAGAGGAGGAGGAGGAAGAGUUGCUGGAAGAAGAUGAGGGAGCGAGUCAAUUCAGUGAGUCGCAGGAACAACAGCAGCUCGGCGAGAGUAAUCGGUGUGAAGGGUUGCAAGAGAAUUCUGGCUUGGGAUCGUUAGAACGAGCUGAAUUUCAGGAUGAUGUGGCCCACCAAUCAGUUAGUAUAACAGCCCAGAAUGCUGAAGCUCAGGCAGAAAAUCAGCCUCAGUCAUCAGUGUGUCCAACAUCCUUAUGUGAACUAUCACCAACUUCCGUUACACAAUCCAUAUCAUCCGCUCCAAGUCCAACUCUACCAGAACAAAGAUUGUCACCACUAAAGAUUGACACCAUAUCUCAGCCAGAAAAUUUGUCUAAGGUCAAAACUGUAUCUGUUGUUCACAUUGCCAACACACCUGUUUCUGAUGGUUAUAAUUGGCGGAAAUAUGGUCAGAAGCAAGUGAAGAGUCCUACAGGUUCCCGUAGCUAUUACAAAUGCACUUAUUCUGAAUGCUGUGCUAAAAAGAUUGAAUGUUCUGAUCACUCAGGCCAUGUCAUAGAGAUUGUUAAUAAAGGCAUGCACAGUCAUGAUCCACCUCGCAAGAAUAAUUGCAUUCGUGAAAGUAGGAUUCCACCAUCUGUUGGCCCUGCUUUAGGGAAUAUUGUUGCAGAACAACCCAUCAGAAUGCGCAAUGAUUCAGAUCCAUCUACAUCUUCAAAAGAUUGCACACAGGAAGCAACUGCAGUUCCUGAAAGAAAACGACCAAGCUUAAGUGGCAGUAAUGGGAAUGGUGAAAUUAUAGUGAAGGAGGAGCAUGUGAACGAACCUGAGCCAAAACGAAGGGUGAAGAAGGGUAAUGCUGCAUGUUCAAGUCCUCCCUUAAAGCAGGGCAAAAAACCUAAAUUUGUUAUACAUGCAGCUGGUGAUGUGGGAAUCUCUGCUGAUGGAUACAGAUGGCGCAAGUAUGGACAAAAAAUGGUGAAGGGAAAUUCUAAUCCCAGGAACUAUUAUAGAUGCACUUCUGCUGGAUGCCCUGUCCGAAAGCACAUUGAGACAGCUGUAGAUAAUACAAGCGCCGUCAUUAUAACAUAUAAGGGGGUCCAUGACCAUGACAUGCCUGUACCCAAGAAGAGACAUGGCCCGCCCAGCGCUCCUCUUGUUGCUGCUGCUGCUCCCACAUCCAAGAACAAUUCGCAAUUUAAGAAAACAGAUGAAAUCCAAAGCCAAACAACUUCAACCCAUUGGUCAGCAGGUGCAGAAGGUGAAUUGACUGGUGCGGCCAUGGACUUGGGAGGUGAGAAGGCAAUGGAAUCAGCUCGAACUCUUCUUAGCAUUGGAUUUGAAAUAAAGCCUUGCUGAAGUCUCCAUUCAUCAGCCCAGGUUACAAUCAGAAGAUUGUUAGUUCACUUUCUUAUAUAUGAAAAUCACACAUUGUCUCCAUAUCAUUGAUUUUCUGAGUUUUGAUUUUCCUUUUUUUUUUUUGUUUGUAUCUUUUUAUUGUUGCUUAACUUAGCUAUGUAGUCCUGUGAGCGGUUGUAUAGUUGAUAUUGUAUUCAAGCUGAUUUACGGUCGUGGGAACAUUUAGCUUUCACCUUUUUGUCAGGUCAUGGAUCUAGUUUUUUGCUAGUUACUUCUUAAGAACAAUAUCUAAUAGUCAGUAGAAUCCAUCUUUGGAUUGGUUGGUA